GUCGUAACAUCAUGCGUUUAUUGUUGAAGCUAAUUUUCUCUGUCCAAACCGACCAGAUUACCGUCCCCUACUCGGUUACAAUUGCUCAAAAAUCACAGAAAAAGAAAUAGGCAGACUCCCUCGAGAGACAAAGAUCCUACCAAAGAGAGACACUGUCCGUUGCAUAAGCCCCCUGAAGGAACAUAGAUUAAAAGAAAGCAAAAAGUCACAAUAAAAAUAUAUAAGAAAAGGAAACACUCAACAAUACCACCGCACGAGUCAUGAAAGUUCCGACCCGAUCCAAUUACAACCCGAGAUGCAGCAGACGUACUCCGUUAUGCAGCUUUCAUGGGCCAUUGUCUCAAGGAGACGGUGGCCCAGAGAGCGCGAACGGAGUGAAAACAGCCGCCGCGACAUUACGCCCGUAAAGAAACGAAUUGACCUUCCCAGUGAUGGCCCUUUUCUUUGCCGGCCCAAACAUAAAACCCCAAUUGGGAAAAGCCAAGAAGCCGGGUGAAGCCGGCUAUUUACCUAUUCACCGUCAUCGAAGGACCAGAGAUGUGCUCAGGUAGGUCCCAAAAACCCUCCGCCGAUGUCCAGCUAAACAUGCAACCCACGAAAGACUAAGACCACUAAGAACACCCUUUGUACUAUCGUUGGUUAUCGUGGCAAAGAAAGGUAUCGUCGCUCGCAAACUAAAAGCAAAACAAGCAUGGUGGCCGUCAUUCGAGAUUCAGACCGGCCGCAGACCGUUGUGUGUAUGCAGCGUGAUUUUGCUUGCCCCGAAAAAAUGAUUCCGAAGGCGGCCUUUAUGAAGAGCAGCAUUCCUGUACCUCUGCGCUCACUCGUUUCAUCAGUCGGUCUCGUCGAGAGGUACGGCUCUCCUUGCGAACCGGACCGAUUCUUCUGGUGCUCUGUCUGUCGACAAUUGAGUCUCGAGGGUACCAAUCUUGCUCAUAGAGCUGGCUGACGAAGU